CCCAGCCCGCCUGCCGGCCGAGCCAAACCCCUCGCCGCGCGCCGCCUCGACCGCGUCGUCUCGUGAUCUCGCCCGCCUGUCGGAUUCCCGUCGAGCUCGAGGUUGAGGGCGGGCUAGGGUAUCCGGAGAUCCCAAUGGUGCAGCUUCCGGGCUCGGGGAAGCGGCGCGCCGAGCCGACCCCGGCGCCUGCCGUCAAGCUGGAGGCGGAGGCGGAGGCGGAGGCGGCGGAGGGUUUCGGCGGCGGAGAUGGCCCAGGCCCACCGCACAAGCGCGUCAAAGCAAUUCCACCGCCGCCGCCGGUUCAGGACAUGUCCUGUGAUGUGCUUGAUGAACCUAGCCCAUUGGGUCUGCGACUACGAAAAAGUCCAUCUCUGCUGGAUCUGAUUCAGAUGAAGCUUUCUCAGGCGAAAUCUGCUGGUGAACAGUUUGGUGUGCACAACAGUACUUCUGAUACACCCAAGAAGAAAGAUGUGAAACCUGGAGCUUCCACAGCUGGUGAACGAAUGAAAGCUUCAAACUUUCAUGCAAAUGUUUUGAAAAUUGGUAAUUGGGAGUACAUUUCACGCUAUGAAGGUGAUUUGGUGGCAAAGUGCUACUUUGCAAAGCAUAAGCUUGUCUGGGAGGUCUUGCAUGAUGGUCUCAAGAGUAAAAUAGAAAUUCAGUGGUCAGAUAUUACUGCUUUGAAGGCAACCUGCCCAGAGAAUGAACAAGGGACCUUAGAUCUGGUGUUGGCUCGACCACCCCUUUUCUUCAAAGAGACUGAUCCUCAGCCAAGAAAACAUACACUGUGGCAGGCUGCAUCAGAUUUCACUGAUGGACAGGCAAGCUUAAACAGGAGGCAUACCUUGCAGUGCCACUCAAGUUUGUUAAGCAAGAAUUUUGAAAAGCUCAUUCAGUGUGAUCAGCGGCUAUAUGAAUUGAGCCAACAGCCAGAUGCCAUAUCUGGAACUCCAGAUUUUGAACCUAAGCGCUCUAUUUUUGAAAAUCCAAAUGACUCAAAGGACUGCCUUGGUUUUAAUGGAUUGAAGUAUGAACAAGAAGCAUCUUUUCCCAAGUUCAAUGAUCCUGCCUCUCCUUGUGCUUUUUCCUCACUGUCCAAGAAUGUUGGACAGCCAAUAAGCAUAGGAUCUGGUGGUACAGAUUUCCAGGGCCGUGAUUUUCCUCAAGAACCAAAGAAUUGCAAUCGGUGGAAUCAGCUGAAAGUGCCUGGACUGAGAGCAUCCAUAUCUGUGGAAGAUUUGGUUAACCAUCUAGGUAACUGCAUAGGUGAGCAAAGGAGUGCUGGUGAUCCUCCUUUGGCCAAUAAUGAGGGACAAUCCACAGAAGUGCUGGAAGGCCUUGUUCAGUACCUUUUCAGCGACACACAGGGUCUGCCAGCAACGGAUGAUAAAUAUUUGAUGGCAAGGGUGGACUCCCUGUAUUCUUUGCUUGAGAAAGACACAGUAUCAUCCACCAUUCCCAAGCCUGACUGCAGUGAUGGUGGCAAGAUUGGCGUAAUCCAAGUGGAUUCUGAUGGCUCUAAUGAGGAGCUCAACUUAUCGCCUGCUAGGAAUACUGCAGGGUGCACAGAAAUGCCUGUCAUCUCCAGACAGGAUUCAUUUGGGGAGCUGCUGCUGAACCUCCCUCGAAUAGCUUCUAUUCCACAGUUCUUGUUCAACAUACCAGAGGAUUCUGAUUAAUAAAGCAUGAUCGAGUUCUGGUUCUCAUUCCUGGGACCACUGUACAAAUUGUAAACAUGAGCAAUAAGUCAGCAACGCUAGAAUGCUGUUUUAGCCCUUCCCCUGUAAAUAAUUCAGUAGAUUGGUCCUGCAGAAUUGUCUGCUCAUUGGUUCAUUCGCUGUGAAAACUCCACAUGCAACAUUGAAAUGACAUUAUUCACAUUUUAAUGGACUUCCUUUUUAUCUA